GCAAUGGCGGUGGAAACGCUUACUGAACAUCAGCUCUUCGAAGCGAAGCAGGGUGGAGAUAUUACAUACAAGGAUAUGGUUGAAGAAUCUCAACCACUCGGAGACUCUCAGAUACAGAAACUCUUCGCUGGGUCCUCCGUACUCCUGACUGGAGGUACCGGAUUCCUUGGGAAGCUUAUCGUCGAAAAAUUAUUGAGAUCCUGUCCAGAUUUAAAGAAGAUCUUCCUUCUAGCACGACCGAAGAAGAAUAAAACCAUUACCAAAAGAUUACAAGAACAAUUCGAUGAUGUGUUGUAUGAUAGACUUCGCAAAGAAUGUCCAGACUUCAUCAACAAGAUCAGCCUGGUUGAAGGUGACGUUGGCCAGUUGGACCUUGGAAUGUGUCCAGAAGACAGGAUCAAAAUUAUGAAUGAGGUGGAAAUAAUCUUCCAUGGAGCAGCCACGGUGAGGUUCGAUGAGCCUUUGAAGACAGCGGUCGAGAUCAACGUCCGAGGAACGAGGGAGAUGUUCAAGCUGGCUAGAGGAUGCAGCAAGCUGAAGGCUUUUGUUCAUAUUUCUACAGCUUACAGUAACUGCCCUCAAAAUAUGAUUGGUGAGGAAUUCUACGAGAGUCCGUUGCCAGGAGACAAACUCAUCGACCUGGUGGAAACCAUGGAGGAGAAGGUCAUCAAUAACAUCACGCCUGGGCUACUAGGCGAUUUUCCCAACACCUACGCCUAUACUAAGGCUGUGGCUGAGAACAUUGUCAAGGAGUACUCCAAGGGUCUGCCGGUUGCGCUAUUCAGACCAUCCAUUGUUAUUGGAACUUCUAAGGAACCAGUGUCUGGAUGGAUUGACAACGUAUAUGGACCGACUGGUGUGGUAGUAGGAGCUGCUGUAGGCCUCCUCCACGUUUUGAACUGCAAUCCCAAGGUCAUAGCGGACCUGGUGCCUGGAGAUAUGGUGGUGAACGCCUGCAUAGCUACAGCCUGGAAGACGGCGAAGGAGUAUCCGAGUAAUCAUGAGGAUGCUCCUCCUCCGGACCUCACUCCUCCAGUUUACAACUACGUGUCUUCAGAACAGAGGCCGCUGACAUGGGAGAAAUUCAUGAAUUACAAUGAAGUUUAUGGAUUCCAAGUACCAACAGUGCAAGCUAUAUACUACUAUCUGUUUCACCUGACUUCGUCCAAGUUUCUUUACAAUUUAUAUUGUUUCUUAUUACACUGGAUCCCUGCUUAUAUUAUCGACGGAAUCGCCGUGAUCAUUGGAAAGAAGCCUAUGUUAAGAAAAGCGUACAAGAAAAUAACGAAAUUCUCCGAAGUUAUGGCUUAUUUUGCGACGAGAGAGUGGAAAUUCGACAAUACAAAUACUCAACAGCUUUUCAAAGAGCUUUGCGAUGCUGACAAAUAUAUGUUUGACUUUGAUAUGAGUUCCUUGGAGUGGAAUGAGUACUUCUACAAUUACAUUAGAGGCGUCAGAGUGUAUCUAUUAAAGGACCCUGUCGAAACAGUACCACAGGGCCUAAAAAAACAUAACAGACUUAAGUAUCUUCAUUAUACGUUCUGUGCUAUUUUAGGGUUGCUAUUCUUAAGAUUAUUAUGGGCCAUUUUUAGCGGAAUUUUUAGUUUUUAAGUUUUUUUUUU